AUGGAGACGGAGGCACAGUUUACAAGCAUAGGGAGCUCUCUCCAGGUACCUUCCGUCCAAGAGCUGGCCAAGAGACCAAUGAUCACAAUUCCACCGCAGUAUGUUCGUGAUGAUCAGGACCCUCUGAUCAUAUCCGACACUUCUUCCUCGCCUGACAUCCCGGUCAUCGACUUGCAGGGCUUACUGUCUUCAGAUUCCAUGAAUUCAGAACUUGAGAAACUACACUCUGCAUGUAAAGAGUGGGGUUUCUUCCAGGUACCUGUAUUCUAG